GGGAAGAGUGGGAGCGGAGAGAUAGAGGCCAGAGACUGCAAUCCGCCUGUUCCCUGCGACCAAAGAUACUAGAGGAGCCUGUGACUGUUGCCUGUGUGACUGUUGCCUGCAGUCGUUGGGAAGACCAGUGGCUUCUUGGAGGAAUCGCGGCUGGCUGUUCAGGUGCUCGGGUCGGGCUCGAUGGAUCUCAUCGCCACGCUUGCAAUACUCAGUGUCCAGGGGCUGAGGUCCUGGGGCUGCAUGGCGGGAUGCCGGUGUUACAGUACAACGGUGGAAUGUGGAUCUCUGGGCUUGACCGCCGUCCCGAACAACAUUCCCACCUUCACCCAGACGAUAUUCCUGCAAGACAAUAAUAUCACCCGUAUCAGUCGGAAGGAUUUCUCCCAUCUCUCCAACCUGCAGAACCUCUACAUCCAGAACAACAGCCUGGAGACCAUUGAGGCCGGGGCGCUGGCUCGGCAGCGCUCCCUGCUGGAGUUGGCUCUCAACGGCAACCACAUCCAGCAGCUGCAUCCCGACACCUUCCAGGGGCUCACACACCUGCGCAUCCUCUACCUGGCUGCUAAUCACAUCUCCCACCUGGUGGGACACACCUUCCACGAGCUACAGAGACUGCAGGAGCUGCAUCUGCAGGAGAACAGCCUGCAGUCGCUGGACGAGGAGGCGUUUGUGGGGCUCUCUUCGCUGGCCUUGCUGGACCUGAGCAACAACUGGCUCCGCACGCUUCACCAGGCCUCGCUGCAACCCCUCACCAGCCUGCAGGAGCUGCGGCUCAUUGGGAAUCGGUGGCGGUGUGACUGCGGGCUCCACUGGCUGCGGUCCUGGAUGGUGAAGGAGGGCCGCCGGCUGCUGCUGGGCAGGGCUAUACCGUGCUCCGAGCCGCCCCGUCUGUCUGGCCAGAGCCUGCCGGAGGUCCCGGCCUCCAGCCUGAUCUGCAUCCCUCCGGCGGUGAGCCUGGACCGUAUGGGGGCCUCGGCACGGGCGGGGGAGGCGGUACGAGUGGCCUGCAGGGCCUCGGGGUACCCCGUGCCGGCGGUGAGCUGGAGGAGGCUGGGCCAGGCCUGGGAGCCGGGCCUGGUGGAACUUGAGGGGACGGGCCCACUGCUGCUGCCCCUGACGCUGCCCAACGUGUCGGCAGCCCAGGCCGGGGCCUACGUGUGUGAGGCUCGCAACGCUGGGGGCAGGGCCGCCGCCACCUUCACUCUGCUGCUCAACACCUCGGGCCUGCUGCCGCGCCCAGGCCGGGAGCCGCUGUACGAGGGGGCCGAGUUCGGGGGGCUGGGCCCGGCGGCACAGAUGGGCGUGGCGGCCGGCAUCGCCCUGCUAGGCCUGGCCGCUCUGCUGCUGCUGCUGGCUGUCAUACGGCGUCGCGGGGGCCCCUGGGGCAAUGCCCUGGGCCACGAGGAGGCCCCGGCCUGUGGACUCUACCUCAACGACUACUCGGACGGGCCCAGCACCUUCGCCCAGCUGGAGGAGUACCGGGACAGCGAUGGCCGAGAGAUGUUCGUCAUCGACCGAAGCAGGAGGGACUUCCACACAUACAAGGACACGGCCCAGGGAGGCAGGCUGCUGGGGAUGGGCGACCCGCAGGAUCAGGACAUGCAGACUGCCCAGGCCCAGGCCCAGGCUCAAGCCCGGGCCCAAACACAGGCCCAGGCUCUGGCUCAAGACCAAAUCCAAUCCCCAUCUCAGGCCAAAGUCCAGGCCCAAACCCAUGCCCAGGCCCCUCAGGCAAAUGUCCAGGCCCAAAACAGUCCUCAAGCCCAGGCCCAAAUCCCAGCCCAGGCCCUGUGGCCGGAACAGGCCAGCAUAUUCGAGAACCCGUCCACGAUGUUUAAGGAGGAGAUCGAGUAUGAAAUCCACUGCUGAGCGGCGGCCUCGGGAAUAGAUUUUCCUUUGCCUCCACCGGGAAUCGAUCCACCACCCGUGGUGAGUCUCCCUCCCAGUGCCGUGCCGAGGCCCCCUCUCGCCCCCUGUUGGACGGUGUGAGGAGCAGGGCAGCCCGCCCAACAUCGACGCCUUUCACCGGCAACGUGCCCAAGGCCUGGUCGCGGCCCGUGGGAUCCUGCUGAUCCACGGCUAUACAGUGACCUGCACCUCCUUCAAGGGCUGGGAGUGAAGGAGGGGGGCAAAAUAUUCACUCGUUUCCCAAUACUGCCUUUCCAACAGCCGGGCACGAACUGGGGUUUAAUCUGGAUAAAUGCCAUGUAAAACAAACCAGGGCAGCACGUCCACAGUCCAUGGUGAAGUGUUGUAGAACAGAGAGACCUGGCGGAUGUUGGAACAUGGUUCCAUGAAAGCAGUGACACAGGUGUACAGGGUGGUCAAGAAGGGUCUCAACCCGAAACGUCACCUAUUCCUUUUCUCCAGAGAUGCUGUCUGACCCAGCUGAGUUACUCCAGCUUUUUGUACCUAUCUGUGGUGAGCAGGCGUUUGUUAUCGAUACUGAGCUCAGGAGUUGGGAUGUCACGUUUACUGCUGGACAAGACAUUGAAAAUGCCUUGUUUAAGAAGGAACUGCAGAUGCUGGAGAAUCGAAGGUACACAAAAAAGCUGGAGAAACUCAGCGGGUGCAGCAGCAUCUAUGGAGCGAAGGAAAUAGGCAA